UUACCUAUAGCUUCCACCAUUAAUAUCUCUUUCUCUCAAGCUUUAUCAAGAUCUCAUCACUCUCCCCUUUUCAAUUUUAAUGGGUACUAUUGCAGAUGAUGAUGAUCAGAAGAAGCUGAAUGAAACCCAGAAGAUGGACGUGGAAGAAUCAGCAGAAGCAGCAGCAGCUCUUAAAAAGGAGCUUCGUCGGAAAAAACGCAAGAAAAUGGCGAUUCUCUUCGUCAUCUUCACAAUUUUCCAAAUCGGGAUGUUACUAGUCACGGUUCUAGUCGUGAUGAAGAAUCGAACCCCCCAAUUCAAACUUAAAUCCGCCACCUUUGAAGCGUUCAACGUCAAUCCCGCGGCCACAAACCCGUCUUUCAACCUCACCAUGAUUCCGAAUAUCAGAAUCAAGAACACCAACUUCGGUACUUACAAGUAUGGGGAGACGACGGUUACGUUUUUCUAUAGGGGUAGUGUGAUCGGGAGCGCGGUGGUUUAUAAAUCGAAGGUGGGGAUGAGAUCGACUAAGAAAAUUAGAGGGACGGCGAUUGAACUGAGUUCGACGGGGAUAAAUGGGAAUUUGGUUGCCGAGUUGGGGAAUGAUCUGAGUUCAGGGAUGUUGCCGGUGACGAGUCAGGCGAGGUUGAACGGGAAAGUGGAGAUGAUGUUUAUCAUAAAGAGGAAGAAAUCAGCUAAUAUGAAUUGUUCAAUGAAGAUUAACAUUUCCACCAGGGAGCUUCAGGAAAUUAGCUGCAAUUGAAAUGUUACCAUCAUUAAUUAUUUAAAUAGCUUUUUUUUCUUCUAAAUAUUUUGCCCUUCAUUCCUAUUUGUGUGAUUUAUGAUAUUUGUGUUUUGUACUUUAUAUAAAUAUAUUUGUUUAAUUAUUCAUAGCUCUUGUAUAUUUGUUUUUG